UGUUUAUAUAUCAUUCAAUUAUCUCCAGUAGUCAAGAAGACUCCCUGAUAUCCGAUGGAUCCAAUCAGGAGAAAGCGUGCCUUUCUACCCAAAGUCAAGACGGGUUGUCGAACUUGCAAGAUUCGAAAGGUUAAGUGUGACGAGGCCAAACCCGAGUGCAAUCGGUGUUUGUCCACUGGCCGAAAAUGCGAUGGCUACGAGCCAGCGUCAAGGACACCUUCUCCAGGCAGUAGCAGCAGUUUGCAGACACAACCGGACAUGUUCACGUCACAAGCGGAAAGGCGAAGUUUUGACUUCUUCCAGGCACGGGCAUGUCAAGCUUUAGGCGGCUACUUUCACCUGCAGUUCUGGUCGAGAGAGGUGAUGCAAUCGGCCGUGCAUUAUCCUCCAAUUCGACACCUCGUCGUCGCCCUUGGAGCCGCUUAUGAGGGCUUUGAAGGCGAACAUUCCAAGUUCCCAGGCUCUGGGGAGCCAGCCGCCAGUAAACACCUCGCGCUGCAGCAAGCGAACCAGUCUAUUCGGCUGAUGAACGACUUGUUCCAAUCCGCAUCCACCAGUGGUCCGUCGCUGGAGAGCACUAGCUCUAUCUUGACGGCGUCAAUACUGUUCACGUAUAUCGCCAGCCUCCAAGGACAUCUCGCCCAAGCCAUCGAGCAUGUCCGCGCCGGCCUCAGAGUUCUACAAGAUUUCGAAACCUCCCUGUCGGAGCAAGGCAGCUCACCAUCGACUUACCCUGUCCCCCUCCACCAGCUCCGUUCUAUCCUGAUCUCCGUGUAUGGACAAGUACGAUGCAUUAUCAACGACGAGGCACUGACGAAGUGGAAACGGGAUCACUUAGUAUCGGAGCUGGAACCUGUGACAUUGUUCGCUUCGAACCUGGAAGCACAUGACUACGUCGAACGCCUCCAUCACAACAUGCUCGCUUAUCUGCAAGCCGUUGAUUUCUAUCCUGCGACAACACCUGCAGAGCACGCUGCAUACGACAGACGACGGCAUGAUCUGUUUCGCGCACUAGGGCAAGGUCGGGAGGCCCUGGAACUACUACAUACAGUGUCACCCGAGCGCCAGCGGCAGGAGAGCGGCAUCACAGUGCUACGAAUAUACCUUACUUUGGUGGAGAUGCGAUUGAGUCUACAUGCGCUGCGUCCAGACGAGCGGGAAGCCGCAUUCGACCACCUGGAACCUUACCUGGAGCGAAUCCUGGAGGACUGUGAGGCCGUCGUCGAAGCUGACAAAGCUAAGCACACACAUACUUCGUGUUAUUCUGGCCUAGGAAUCGUACUGCCCCUGCAUACGGUGGCUGCUCGAUGCCGCAACCCUAAAGUCCGACGGAAAGCCCUGGACUUGCUGCUCAAUGGCGCGCGACGCGAAUGUCUUUGGGACGCUGGUAUGACUGCGAAUAUCACACAGAAGACACUGGACAUUGAAGAGGAGGGCGCCGAUGAAGGAAUGGAUAUCUCGUCUGACCGGCCCAAACGUAUUCCUGGCGAGAAAAGAGUCGAGGAGGUCAAAGUCGAAUUCCAAGACGACAGAAAAGCGCGUCUACGUUUUGUCACGGUUGAGAGCCGGAAAAGGAACGAAGUGGGCAUACAACAAAUUGUGGAGUGGUAACGAAAAGAAUCGUGAAAUUUGAUGACACUGCACAAGCCGGUAAUGUACGGCAUGCAAAUUGCAUGGACUUUCCUACGUGCUGAG